AUGUCAGAACAAGUUCAGUGUUUCGGAAAGAAGAAGACCUCCACCGCCGUUGCGCUCUGCAAGACCGGCAAGGGUCUCAUCAAGGUCAAUGGAUCACCCAUCUCCCUCCUCCAGCCAGAGAUCUUGCGUCUCAAGGUCUACGAGCCCAUCCUUGUCUUGGGUCUCGACAAAUUCGCCGGCGUUGAUAUCCGAUGCCGUGUGACGGGCGGUGGUCAUGUUUCGCAGAUCUACGCCCUGCGUCAGGCCAUUGCAAAGGCUAUUGUUGCAUACUACCAGAAGUUUGUUGAUGAGCAGAGCAAGAAUGAGCUCAAGAAGGCUUUGAUUGCAUACGACAGGACACUCCUUGUUGCUGACCCCCGUCGUUCGGAGCCAAAGAAGCCCAACGGAAAGGGUGCUCGCUCCAUGUCGCAGAAGUCUUACCGUUGAUCGGUAUUAUCUCUUGUGCCUGUCCUGCGAGUCUUGCUCUAUUGGGAUCCCGUCUCAUUCUUUGUUGAAUGUGGCUCAUGCAUGGUCUUUUAGCGCCUUUCUCUACAGUGCAGAAUCAAAGCUCACCUAGCAUCUGUACCAUCUCUCGCCUAUUCCGUGCUGUGAAUUUGAAAAGAGAGACACGAUGAUGAAUACCAUAUUGGAGCUGUCGGAUUCAAGAUGAAGACAAACCUUUACGCUUUACUGAGUGUCUCUCAUAUCUGCCUCAUCUGCCAUUGCCUCUCCCUCCGCUCGCUACAUAUUUCAUGAAUCCUCGUGA